AUGAUAGAUAAUUGUUUAUCUUCUUGUUAAAUAACUUAUAAUGGACUCACUAUAUUAGAUUAUUUCAAAAGUGCUAUAGAAUAUUUUGUAAAAAAGAGAUCAAAGAAUCCAGAAAAUAAGUAUGAUUAAUACCAUCUUUUUUCGUCUAAGUAAUUUUUUGUUCUUUAUACAUUAUGUGUAUAGUUCUUCAAUCUCAACAUGGACAAAUGAUGUAUGCCAUUUUUUACAAAAACUUAAAACUAUUCAACCAUAGUUUGAAACUAGUUUCAAUUUAGAUGAAUGUUUCCACAAUUUAAAUAAAUUUAGAACUUUAAAUGGUUAUUUAUAUAUAUAUAUUAAUUACAGGUACUGAUAAUCUAUAUGGUGGAAGAGAUGUCUUAAAAAUAGAAUCAGCUGUUAUAUUUGUAUUCACAAAUAGAGAAUAUCUAGGAAAUACUUUUCAUUAAUUAAUUAGAUGGGAUUAUAGACUUCUUGUUUUUUUAAUAUAACCUCCUGGAAUUGAAGAAACAAAUACUAUAUCCAUAUCAACUAAUUGGCAUCAUAUAGCAUCUACUGUUGGUUAAGGACUAUGUUUUGAAAUUCAAGAUUAUAAUAUUUUAUUCUAAAUCUUAGAUGAUCCAAAAUUAACACCACCUUAAAUAUCUAUUCAAUUAAAUCUAUUAGAUUAAUAAAAUAAAUAUGAUGAAAUUUAAUCAAUGAUUGAAAAAACUAAAUUUGAAUAAUCAUCAACAUCAACUUCUUAUUUAGUAAGAUCUCCUUAAAAACCUAAUCAAUCUUUUGCUUCUGUUCGUUUAAAAUAAUAACCUAAUAUGACAAUAUUCACUAAAGUUUAUUUACCUGAAUAAUAUCCAUUUACAGAUUUUAAUGUAUUCAUAUCUAUUUUAUUAAUUAGAAUUAUCCUGCUUAUCCUGAGUAUUUUGUAGAUUUUAAUGUAUCUUUUCAAGCCAAAUUACCUUAAUAAUUACCUUAUUAAGAAAUUAUUAUUGAAAAUGCUUCAUUAUUAAAAUUUGUUUAAGGUAUUUCCACUACUAAAACUAAAAUAUUAUAAUUUCCCAUAUUUUAUUUUGACAGAAGAGAUGAUUAAUAAAUUCAAUAUUUUGUUGGAUUGUUUUUCUUUUAGUCAAAUUCAACAAUCAUGGAAUUAAGAUUGUAAUAUAAUUAUAUUCUAAUAUAUUAGUUAUUUUCCUAAUUUUUUAAAUUAUUAUGAACUUUUAAUGUAAUAUAGUAAUUCUACUGAUGAAACAAGAAGAUUUGCAGAAUAAAAAUUUUUAUAAUUUCUUUCUACAAUUCCUAAUUAUUAUGCACCAUGUAUUAGAAAGAAUUAAAGUGAAUAAAACAUUUAAGUAAAAUAAUUUAUGAAUUUUAUUUAGAUUUAAAGAUAAUUAAUAUUUUUGAUUGAUGAAUAAAGUCAAUAAUUUUAUAUGUCAAAAGUUAAAGCACAUUAAGCUAGAAUUUAAAAAAUUAAAAAAUAAGUGGAAGAUGAAAAUUAUAAAAAUAGAUAAUUACAUAUAUCUAGAAAGAGUUUAUGUUGUGCUGCAUUUAGUGAAAAUUAUGCAAUUAAAUUCUAAGAUUAAAUUAAUUGUGAAUUCAGAUAAGUAACAUAAUUUGAAAAGAGUGCCAACUUUUCAAAAUUUCUACCAUAAUUAGAAGUACAAUCAUGUUUACCUUAAAUGCCCAUUAUUUAAACAACCCUAAGAAAUAUUUAUUUAGAUUCUGAUGAAUUAGAAGUAAGAUUAGAGCCUCAAUUUUGUGGCAAUCCAUGGAAAUUAUAAAGAAAAACAUAUAGAGAUGGAAACGAAAUAAAAGUUUAUUAUUAUUAUAUUUUUAAAAUAGAAUGAAUAAGAAGAAAUAUAAUUAGAAGACAUGAUGCUAACAAAAAUGGAUUCUGAAAAGAAAUGCUAAACAAAAAAUAGAAGAAAAGGAUUUAUGAAGUUCAAGGAUAUUCAAAAUUGUAAUCAUAAAUAAGUUAAUUUUGAUUAAUAAGAAAUGGAAAUAGAAGAAAAUAAAACUGAAUCAUAAUCAUAAUCCAAAUUAAAAUAUGGUUCUAUAUCAUAUAAUCCUCAUUUUUAAGUAAUUAUUUCUUCUAAAUAGGCUAAAAUUAAAUUGAUAGUCCUAGCAAAAUUGAAUAAUUCUGUAUCCACAAACAAUUGA